AUGAACGCCGAGGCGUGCGUUUCAUACUGUGAUAUGACAUCCAUGGAUUCAUAUUAUAGCGCGUCUGCGACACAGGGUCGGGAUCACCAGGCGAACCCGUUCAGGACAUUCCAAGCGAGUGACACCAAAUACAGCCCCACUUUCCUCACCAACAAAGGGCCGGCUUAUGGGGAGAAGUCGCGGAGUCCGUUCCAGCAGGACUGCCACUCACUGGACGCCACCGUGGCCGAGGGCACCUUUAACAAAUACCACCUCUUCGCGCAGAGAUCGUCCUGUAAAACUCCGCCCGAAGGGAGCAAACUCCACCAGGAAAGCGCACACAACGGAGGGCUCAUCUCCUGCUAUGGCCUGGUUUCAAACCGGCGGGCGAAAUGGCGAAAGAGGGAGCGGUUUGGUCAGAUGCAGCAGGUCCGCACGCACUUCUCCUCCUCUUACGAGCUCCCGCUCCUCACCCGGCCCGAGAACUACGCACAGAUCCAGAACCCGUCCUGGAUUGGCGGUGGUGCGGCGGGCUCUCCGGUCCCUGGGUAUGUGGUGCCCUGUGACCCCGUGACCUCCUGCAUGGCCCCGCACCCCCACAGCAGCAGUGCGGUGCCUGACUUCCUGUCCGGCCCCGAGGGCCACAUGGGCGGCCUGUUCGGGGGCCCCGGAAUGGGAGGGGCUGGAAUGAACGGCUACGAGCUGAACAUGGACCCCGACCGCAAGUCCUCCAGCAUCGCCGCCCUGCGCAUGAAGGCCAAGGAGCACAGCGCAGCCAUCUCCUGGAACACAUGA